AUGCCCACACCGCCGGCCGUUACGCGCAAGCGCAAGCGUGCGCACCAGUAUACGGUUAGCUACAGCGAAGUCCAAGAGGUCGACAAUACAGGCAGAGUCCGCGAUGUCAUCGUCAUCGAGGACACUCCCCCGCCAUCGACUGUCUCCCCAGCAUCCACGCACGCGCACCUGUACUCGGCGUCAUAUCAGCCCCCGGUCUUCACCGCACCCGUCCGCACGAGGGCUCGCGCUGCGGCGGAGGCGCAAGCACUAUCCGCUAGCACGUCCUCGGCCAUCGCAGCCCCUCCCGCGGCGAAGAAACGGAGGCGAGACAUCGCCGAUGACGCGAGCUCUGUCAGCAAGCGACCAGUAAAUGGGCACCUUCAGACCGCCCUCAGCGCGACCAAGCCAUACGCCAGCGGUAGCGGUACUGCUGUCGACGAUGCAUCUAAGGAGCAAGUCCCAUGCGACGACAAAGAGGGCCACUAUAUCAUUGUCCCAGACGACAUCAUCUAUCGACGGUAUCGUACUGUCCGGCUGUUGGGCCAGGGGACAUUUGGCAAGGUCGUCGAAGCUGUGGACAUCGAGACAAACAAACGUGUUGCCAUCAAGAUUAUUCGCGCGAUACCGAAGUACCGUGAUGCCAGCAAAAUGGAGGUGCGGGUCCUGCAGAAGCUCAAAGAGCGGGAUCCGAAAAAUAACAACAAAUGUAUACACCUCCUGCAAUGGUUCGACCACCGCAACCACAUUUGUCUCGUCUCGGAGCUCCUGGGGAUGUGCGUGUACGACUUUCUCAAGGAAAACGACUUUGCACCGUUCCCACGACAACAUAUCCAAUCCUUUGCAAGACAGCUUCUUGGCAGCGUAGCAUUUCUUCACGACCUGCAUCUCAUUCACACGGACUUGAAGCCCGAAAAUAUCUUAUUGGUUAACAAUGACUAUCGCCUUGCUCAAGUUCCCGUUGCUGGCAAGGGGCGCAACACGCAGCUUAGAACAAAACGGCUACUUGAAUCCACGGACAUCCGUCUAAUUGAUUUCGGCUCAGCAACAUUCGAGGAAGAAUACCACUCUAGCGUUGUCUCAACACGGCAUUACCGCGCUCCGGAGAUCAUCCUUGGCCUCGGAUGGUCAUAUCCAUGCGAUGCAUUCUCUCUGGGCUGCAUCCUUGUUGAGUUCUACACCGGCGUCGCUCUAUUCCAAACCCACGAUAACCUCGAGCACCUCGCCAUGAUGGAGCAGGUUAUGGGCAAGAUGCCUGAGCGUUUUGCGAGAUCUGGUGCCCGUUCAAAGCCAGAGUUCUUUAAAGAGGGAAGUAAACUUGACUGGCCAAAGCCGAAGGCUUCGAGGCAGAGCAAGAAGGAAGUGCGCGCGUGUCGCAGCCUACAGGAGAUCAUUCCAACACAUGACAACGUCAAUCGACAGUUUCUGGACCUCGUCAGGAGGCUCCUUACUUUCGACCCCGCGCAACGAAUCCGCGUUCGGGAUGCUUUAAACCACCCCUACUUCUCGCUCCAAGUCCCAAAUGAACUAUGAUUAAGCCCAUAUGCCCUUGUCUCCAAACUCCCCGUCUGCGUUGGGUACGAUUACGGACAGGCCGCCACACUCUGACCUUGUAUACCGCCGCUUAUGAGCCUAGUAAUGCUUUGUCGUCGUACGGUCGCUCUCCUCUUGUCUCAACCUGUCCUCGCUGUCUCCGGAGGUCUUACACAUGUACAACUAUAUGCAUAGUGCGCCGCAUCUUGUCCUUUUGUUUUCCUGCAUUGUGAUGCAUCCCCCCUCCUUCCUUCGCAUUUGUCCCACCCUCCUUGUCCCGGUCACAAUGUUUUCCUUGUGUAUCUAUCCCAAGGGCCUUUUUUGUCUGUUUCUUUUAACAUAUUCGUACUGAAUUGAUAGAUGCCAUCUGUC